AUGGCGGAGGUUCCUCAUCACAACAUUCCGGCGGUCGACAUGAUUAAUGCCACGUCUCGCCUUCAGAUAGAAGCAAUUGAGGUACGGAUUUUCUCUAUUUGCACCCAAACAAUGCGCAUUUUCAGAUUCGCAGCAACAAGCCGAACUGGGGCUCGUAUUUCCGCUCUCAAAUGAUCCAGCAAGACGACUACACGUUCAUCACCAGCUACGAGAACGCCAAGUCGAAGGAAGAGCGCGACCAGGUCCUCGCUGCCAAUGACGCCAACGGACAGGCCGCCAAGACCAUGGCCAACCUGAUCACCCAGGUGGCCAAGGAUCAGAACGUCCGCUACGUUCUCACCCUCUUUGACGACAUGCUCCAGGUGUGUUAACUCGUCUUUUUUUCGUUCAGUUGUGUAUUUUCAGGAGGAGAAGUCUCGCGUCGAGCUCUUCCACAGCGCUGCUGCUCGCCAAAAGCGCACUGUCUGGUCGCAGUAUCUCGGAAUCCUGCAGCGCCAAGACAACUUCAUCGUUAACCAGAUGAGCUCCAUCAUCGCCAAGCUCGCCUGCUUCGGAACCACCCGAAUGGACGGGCAGGACCUCCAGUACUACUUCUCUUUCCUCAAGGAGCAACUCAAGAACUCUUCUGUAAGAACACUCCGAGAUGCCAGAUCCGGUCCACAACCGGAUACGUUUCAGACCAACGAGUACAUGAACACCACCGCCCGUUGCCUCCAGAUGAUGCUCCGCCACGACGAGUACAGACAUGAAUUCGUCGACGCUGACGGAGUUCAGAGUCUUGUCACUGCUCUCAACGGAAAAACCAACUUCCAACUGCAGUACCAGCUCAUCUUCGCCGUCUGGUGCCUCACUUUCAAUGCCGAGAUCGCCAGAAAGGCCCCAUCGCUGGGCAUCAUCCAGGCUCUCGGAGAUAUCCUUUCCGAGUCGACCAAAGAAAAAGUGAUCAGAAUCAUUCUCGCUUCGUUCGUCAACAUUCUGAACAAGGUCGAGGAGCGUGAGAUAAAGAGAGAGGCUGCUCUCCAGAUGGUUCAGUGCAAGACCCUCAAAACUUUGGAGCUCAUGGAUGCUAAGAAGUACGACGAUCCAGAUCUUGAGGAUGACGUCAAGUUCCUCAGCGAUGAACUUACCCUGUCCGUCCACGACCUGAGUUCGUAUGACGAGUAUUACAGCGAGGUAAGCUGAGCUCCGAGUGUGUGAUGAACAUACUCACAUCGGAACACUUCAGGUUCGCUCUGGACGUCUCCAAUGGUCGCCAGUGCACAAGUCGGAGAAGUUCUGGCGCGAGAAUGCGCCGAGAUUCAACGACAAACAGUUCGAGGUGGUCAAGAUACUGAUCAAGUUGCUCGAAUCCAGCCAGGACCCACUGAUUCUUUGCGUUGCCGCUCAUGAUAUUGGAGAGUACGUCCGUCAUUACCCGAGAGGAAAGACGUGAGUUACAUCGAACAGCAAGUACCGGAAUCGACAUUUGUUAUUUUCAGUGUGGUGGAGCAAUACCAAGGAAAGCAAGCUGUGAUGCGUCUGCUGACUGCCGAAGAUCCGAACGUCCGCUACCACGCCCUGCUUGCUGUCCAGAAACUGAUGGUUCACAACUGGGAAUACCUCGGGAAGCAGCUCGACACUGACGCCCAGGGAGAAUCUGUGGCUGUCAAGUAA